CUUGACUGUGUUUUAAUUUCCAGGAAAGGACAGAAAAUGAGGAAGGGGAAAUAUAAACUUUGUAAAUAUUUAACCUUAGAGUAAAUUGACUUGUAUUUUGCCCACUUGUAAUCUUUUCCCUGAAAUCGACUCCCACAAAGGAAGGAUCCGUAGCAGAGUGUGAAAGCGCAAAGGACAGAACGGCGGUGAAAGCGUUAACUGGGCUGGGUAAGGCGAUCCAUGAAAUGAGUUAAGACUCGAGUUAAAGUUUUCAAAGCGGCGGCAGCAGCAGCAGCUCCCGGGGAAGCGGAAGCCGGUGGAGGGAGCCUGGCGGAGCAUCGAGGGGGACCGUGCUGAGCUGAACUCAGCCCUGGGUGACAAGCUCAAGACAAGCAGGCAUCCUGACGCUCUCAAGAAGCCCUGUCUCUGCCCCACUGGCUCAGCUGACCCGACCAUGUGGACUCUGCCCCUCCAGGUCAGGACUGGAGUUUUAAAAUAAAAUGGAUGACGUGACGUUACUUGAUCUUCUGGAGUGCCCCGUGUGCCUUGAAAAGCUCGAUGUCACCGCCAAAGUUCUCCCUUGCCAGCACACCUUCUGCAAGCCAUGUCUCCAGAGGAUUUUCAAGGCCCACAAGGAGCUGAGGUGCCCCGAGUGCAGGACCCUGGUGUUUUGCAGCAUCGAGGCGCUGCCUGCCAACCUGCUGCUCGUGCGCCUUCUGGACGGCGUGCGGGCCGGACAGGCCUCGGGGAGAGGGGGGUCCUUCCGCCGGCCCGGCGUGCUGACCCCGCAGGACGGCAGGAGGAGCAGGACUCACCCCAGAGGUCCGCAGUGCAGUCCUUUCCGGCUGGUGCCUAACGUCAGAAUCCACAUGGAUGGGGUUCCUCGAGCCAAGGCCUUAUGCAACUACCGAGGGCAGAACCCCGGUGACCUGAGGUUUAAUAAGGGAGAUGUCAUCCUCCUCCGAAGACAGCUGGAUGAGAACCUGUACCAGGGGGAGAUUAACGGAGUCAGUGGAGUCUUCCCAGCCAGCUCCGUGCAGGUCAUCAAGCAGCUGCCCCAGCCACCCCCACUCUGCCGGGCCCUCUACAACUUUGACCUUCGCGACAAGGACAGGAGUGAGAACCAGGACUGCCUGACCUUCCUCAAGGAUGAUAUCAUCACUGUGAUCAGCCGAGUGGAUGAGAACUGGGCAGAAGGCAAGCUGGGAGAUAAAGUCGGUAUCUUCCCAAUCUUGUUUGUAGAGGAACAUCACCCUGGGAUACAGCAGAGAACACCCUGCCCUCAGGUAGCUGACAGUCCAGUGGAGGAAAGGAAGCCAAACCUCACCGCAAGACACCUCCUAGAGAAGAACAAAGGCCGUCCAUCGUCCCACACGAAAAACCUGUCCCUGGUGUCCUCCCCCUGCAGAGGCAAGGCAACCAACACGCCCACCCUCCGAAGGGGCCCGGGAUCCAGGAGGAAGGGGCCUGGCCAGUUCUCCAUCACAACAGCCUUGAACACCCUCAACAGGAUGGUGCAUUCUCCCUCGGGGCGCCACAUGGUGGAGAUCAGCACCCCAGUGCUCAUCAGCUCCAGCAACCCCUCUGUGAGCACCCAGCACAUGGAGAAAGUGGAUGCUUCCCCCAGCUCCAUGGGACAGGUCAGCACCUAUCACCCUGCACCUGCCUCCCCAGGACAUUCCACAGCCAUUGUCAGUCUUCCUGGCUCCCAGCAACACCUCUCAGCUAACAUGUUUAUAGCUCUGCACUCCUACUCAGCCCAUGGACCCGACGAACUGGACCUACAGAAGGGAGAGGGCGUCAGGGUCCUGGGCAAGUACCAGGACGGCUGGCUCAGAGGCGUCUCCUUGGUGACCGGGCGAGUCGGCAUCUUCCCCAACAACUACGUCAUCCCCAUUUUCAGAAAGACAUCUAGCGUUCCAGACUCCCGAAGUCCUGGUCUCUACACCGCAUGGACGUUAUCCACCUCCUCUGUGUCCUCCCAAGGCAGUAUUUCAGAAAGUGAUCCCCGGCAGAGCCGGCCCUUCAAGUCCGUCUUCGUGCCCACGGCCAUAGUCAACCCUGUGCGGAGCCCAGCCAGCCUGGGGACCCUGGGGCAGGGCUCUCUCCGCAAAGGACGAGGUAGCAUGAGAAAGAGUAAGUGGUGGCAGAGAGAUGGAUCUCUGCAGAGACCCGUCCAGUCGGGGAUCCCCACCCUCAUGGUGGGCUCCUUCAGACGCAGCCCCACCAUGGUGGUCCAGCCUCAGCAGUUCCAGUUCUGCCAGCCACAGGGAGCCCCCUCCUCAGCCUCCACGGUGGUGGCAGAGCUGGGACCCAAGCCUGCUCCCACCGGGGAGCCUGCCCUCACAUGCGUCAGCAGGGGCAGCGACACCAGGAUCCACACGGCAGCCAGCUCCCUCAUCAUGGAAGGCAAAGAAAUCCCCAUCAAGAGUGAGCCUCUCCCCAAACCGCCUGCAUCUGCCCCACCCUCCAUCCUGGUGAAACCAGAAAACUCAAGAAGCAGCGAGAAGCAAGUCAAAACCGUGAGAUUUCAGAACUACAGCCCUCCUCCCGCCAAACACCACACCUCUGGGAAGCCUGAACAGCCAGCCAACCCAAAGGGGUCCCAGCCUGAGGCAGCCCCCGCGGGCCCGGAGAUGACCAUCCUGUUCGCCCACCGAAGCGGCUGCCACUCUGGACAGCAGACAGACCUCCGGAGGAAGUCAGCUUUUAGCAAAACCGUGACCCCGGCAUCCACUGCCUCAGCCACGCAGACCGCGUUUCCCAGCAAAUGAAUCUACAGGUGGCUUUUCCUAGACCCCAAAGAGAUCCCGCCUUGGAAACCUUCCUGGGAGGAGGAGUAAUAACGGGAUCCUGAAGAGACAAACUGUCUGCUUGGAUGGUAACUCCUCGGUGCAGAGUUCUGGGCCAUGUGAUACUCCCUGGACAUCAGGGACGGUACAGGAAUACCGAUAGACUGGCCUCCAAGACAGAAGGGGAACAGGAGAAAAAGUAAAUCUGCCUUCCCUCAAUAUCAGUGGGUGGUGGGCCAGGCUGGAGGAAACAUGAGCCAUGUGACUUUACAGGUUACACCAGACCCUUGGCCCUCCUGUUUUUCUGUUCUGCUGCCAAAGCCAAAUUUCCUCUUGCCAGUUUCUCACACCUUGGCACCUAACCGACAAAUGAAAAGACCAGACACCGAGUGCCUCCCAGAGAUGUGUCUGGCCUGUCGCUCCAGCUCGGAUUGGAGCAGAGCCGGGGGCGGCAUCACGUUCUCCUCUCAGGUGUUCAAGCCACAGAGGCCAGGGCUGCUUCACACUGUCCCCAGCCUUCACCCCCUCCCUUGACCACACACGCUGCAUCACUCCACCGGAUCUGCAUUCUUUCCCAUUCCAAUUCCAUUCUGCCUUUUCACCCUGACACUUCCUGAUCCAGAGGGUUUUUGUUAGAAGCCCCACAGCAUUGGCUUUAUUGGCCAAGAGGUGAGUGAGGAGGCAAGAGGCCAGUGAGACCACAGAAAGGCUGAUGCAGCAAUGACAUCUUCUCACACGUGGGCUAUGAGGGUGCCACCAGCUGUCAGUCAUCUCUUUUCUCUCAACACCGUGACUAAACGUUGGUUCCAUUUUCUCUGGUAUGAAUUCGGGUUUGGUUGGCUGCUCUUUAGCAUUGGAAGCAAUGAAUAUGGAGAUGCUGCCUUCAGAUUCUGGAAUCUACUUGUUACAACCAUGAAGCCCUACAGCUCACCUAUAGAUAGGUUUCAAUGACUUCACUUUUCAGAGCAAUCAUAGAAUGUCAGAGUUGGGAGGAAUUUUAAUUUUAUAGAUGAUAUACCAAAACAUUAGGUAUAGGAAAGCUGUCCACACAAAAGCAAGUUGUAUAAACUGGAUUGGAGAAAACAAUACAACUUGUAAUGCCCAGAAACCAUUAGUUCACAUUGGCUAAUUAUAAAUGUGUCCUCAAGGCUCUCUCAUUCAGAUUUGCUUCUUCUUAGACUGGCCUCUGCCUCUCACAUUUAGAACAGCAAGAAACCACCACUCCCAAUAUUUACACAUACUGUUUUUUUCAUCUCUGGAAUCUUUUCACGGCUUACAGUUUCAUGGAGGGUUUCAUGAAGAUUUAGCUUUUCCUUUGAACCUGGUUAGCCAGUAAAACAAAUAUUUUUUCCCCAAAGCACAAAUUAAAGAACCUGAUUUGUUCCCAGCCAUAUUCAGAAUCUUAAGAAAAGCUCCCCCAUUCCCUAAAGUUUUCAUCUCUGUACUGUCAGCUUCAGGAUAUAGAUUUCAAAUGGCUAUGGGUCAAAAGUGGUGGAGGUGUGGGAAGGCAGAUUCAGAUGAAUUUGAGUGAUUAGAAUGAGGUCAGGCCAGAAAUGCACCUGAGAACAGUUUGCUAAUCAUUAGUUCUGAGUUUCAUCUUCUAGAAUUCUUGCUUCUUAUAUUGGGUCAGGGGAGAGGGUAUUAUUUAGGUGAAAAAGGAAGAAAGAGAAAACAGAAGAAGAGAAAAUUUCACCUUUCCAUGGAAAUAUCAGCAGAAAAUCUAUAGACUCUUGUGUCUCUGCUUGUUUUUUCAGUACAGUAUUUUUUAAUAGACCAAAAGAAAAUUUUUAUGAGGUAAUAUGUAUGUGAAUAAUGUUUAUAGAAGGGGUAUUACAUGUUAGUCAUUAUGGACAAUUGUAUAAAUAAACCUUAGACAUGUAAAAUAUAUAAACAUAUAGAAAUUAUUUUAUAGGGCUGUGGACACUUUUCAUAUCUUUGUUCUAAAACAUAGAGAGUUCCAGGGCUGGCAGCUUAUUUCUUUGUUAGUAUAUGCCACGGAAACCCAAAAGGUGUGGUGGGAUGUCAUGUGUUUGUUUUCUGGUUUUGUAAUUUAUAAUGAUCUGAAUGGAUUACUUUGAAAUGUCUGUUGUUUAUGUGUGGGUGCUGUUUGCCCACAAGGAGUUAUCAGAGAUCCUUUCCACAUUCUAUAUCUUAGAAAAUCAAAAGGAAUUUUCUAGUGAGAAGAAAAAUACAUAGAAGAAGCCUCCACUGUUGAGUAACUCAGAUUUGUACCACUGACAGUGUCUCGUAAGUCCGAGGAAAUAGACAGCUUAAGAUCAAGGUUGCUGUCUCUCACUUAAACACUGUAUGUUGGAUAACUUUUCUCCUGGGAAGGAAGCACAAAUUUUUGUUACUUUCUUUCUUCACGGAUUUGACAAGUUCUAGGGGCAACCAGAAGUCAUGGCCCUUAAGCCACCUUGCUUCAGGACAACUCUCCACCGUCCAUUUUCAAAGAACCAUCCAUGUAUUAAUUCUGUUUGAUAUGCCAUGAUUCACUGGCAGACUCAACGCUUUUAGAGCCCAGAGCCCACUUGUCUGGAUUUGUGGCUCUAAAGAAGUGUGUUAAGUUUGCUCUACCACUCAGGCUGAUCAGAAAAAGCAAAGGGAAAGUGGUGGGGGUGGAGGCGGGGCUCCCGUGUGGAGAGGUUCACUCACACCUCUAACCACCUCUGACCGCAGCCGAGAGAAGCCCUGGGUCAGUAGCCAGUGAAUGAUACGCCAUCUACUCUUCACACAUCGAGGGCUCAUCAUGUGAGAGUGGAGCGGUCACCCCAGUCUCCUUUGCCAAAAUUUCAUAUUGUUCCCAGAUAUAAACUUGUGAAACGCAGUAUGUGUUUUCGCUCAAAACAAUAAAAGAGGUUUAUUUUUCACUUAA